UAUAAAAUCAUCAACAAAUUUACAUUUUUUGAUUUGUUCUUAAAAUCUAAUAAAUAAUAAUUAUAACUAAAACAAUUAAAAUUAGCCAAAGUAAUGGCAACAACUAAAACCCCUAAGGAUGUUUUUGUGCUUAAUUGCAAUGAAAUUCCUGAAACCAUAUGCGUGGAAACUCGUUUUAUAACUCAGUCGGCUGCUAAGCAAAAGAAAAAUGAACAAAUAUAUUACAUUACUAAUAAAAAUGGAAGUUUGGAAAUGAGUAGACAGGAAGAUCAACAGGUCUCGCAGAAAAAUGCCAUAACUAUUGCUAAACCCACAACAGUUACACUUAGUAUUCAAACAAAACAGGGACCCACCCAACCAGUCCCACUAAUACAACAAACAACAGGUACAAUAGUACCACUAGCAUCAGCUCUAACAAAUCAAAGCAAUAAAGAGCUUAUCACGAGUUGUAAUACCAAUGUUGUCACUAAUUUAUCAGCCAGCAAAAAUACAUCAAAACCAACAGUUACAGACAUACCGCAGAGCAAUACAUCUCAAUUGCAAAUUACCAACGUGAAUGCUUCAGUUUUGCCCGUAAAUUCUUUAGGAGCAACCAGUGGUAUAAAUAUGCCGAUUAUUAGGUGUAAUUUUAAUGAUCAAGUACAACAGACCGAUGUUUCAACUCUAAAUAUGAAGUCUAUUGCUAUACAAUGUAAAUUGGACGAGGAAUUAGAUGACGUAUGGGGUGAAUGGCUGCCAAUGACUGAAGAACCACUUGUGAAUGGAGAAAAUUCGGAAACCGUAAUGGACAAUUUUAGGAAAUUUGUUGAAGAUAAUUCAACGCAGCACAAAGACUAUAAAGAAUGUUUAAUAUGCGGAGAGAUAGGCAAGUCGAAUAAAUAUUUCUAUGGCCACAUGUCCAUUCAUCGUGGUCCAAGGGUUUUAUGUUUUAAAUGCGGCCAAUACUUGGACAACGAGAAUUUGCUACUUCAGCACAAGUGUGGAAAAGUGCGUCAAUUGGAGAAGGCUUUUCUGCAAUGUCCCCAUCAUGGCUGCAGUGUAGUGGCUAUUUCUCGUUUGGAACUAUACGAUCAUAUAAACGAACAUGACAACAAUCGCAUGUACAAGUGUUCUGCUUGCCGCAAAGGCUUUUGCACUGGUCAAGAAUUUUUACGUCAUAUCCUAAUCAGAGGUAAAUGUUAUACGACCGCCAAACGGAAACGAUUUAGAGUCUAUGGUUUGGAAUCACAAAAAGAUCGUUUAUGUCGUGUGCGUGUGUUUACUUUGCAUACGUUCAAGAAACGUACAACAUUGGUGAAGACAUUCUUAUCACAGCGCGUUGCUAAACAAGGAGUUUGUAAGAUUUGCUUAAGAUCAUUUACCAACAUAUCCGUAUUUAAUCGUCAUCGCAGCAAGUGUUUAACAAAAUUUCGCAAACGAUUAAUACGAAAAAGACGUGCCAGAGCAAAUGCAUAAAUAUGUUGAUACAUUUUUUAUUUUCAAUGCUUAUAAUAAGAAUAUAUUCUAAUUACUAAUAUUUUUUGUAACCAUGGUAUAGUUAUCUCUAUCCUGUUUGUUACAAACAUGUUUAAUACAUAUUAAUAAAAAAUAUACUAUAUUUUUACAUUGUUA